AUGGCGGGCUUUGUGACCCUUCUGAAAAGAGGGGCCUCAGUGGAUCCCGCUGCUGUUCCGGGAGAGGAGGCGCUGGCAGCAGCAGCAGCAGCUGCUGCUGCUGCUGCGUCUCUGUCGCCUGCUGCUGCUGCUGCUGCUGGGGCCCCCACAAAUGCUUCGUUUUCUACCCCAGCAAAAUGCACCCCGGGGGGCCCCUGGGCAGCGCCGGUGCAGCAGCAGCAGCUUCGUGCUGUAGUUGCUGCUGAGCUGCUGCAGCAAGUCAAGGCCGACGCAGGGGAGGGAGCAACAGCAGCAGCAACAGCAGCAGCAGCAGCAGCAGCCCCCAUAGACUCCCUGCAGCGCGUGCUGCAGCAGCUGCCCCUAGGAGAAGCAGCAGCAAGGCUGGGGGUGCAGCGCAGCACUUUAGCCCGCUGGGGCCGCAUGUGGUCUCAGAAGCAGCAGCAGCAGCAGCAGCAGGGUGGCGCUGCUGCAGCAGCAGCACAAGCAGCCACCAAUGCAGAUGCCACUCCAGCAGCAACAGCUGUGGAGUAG